GGUUUUCCUCAGAACCAAAGGUGGAAGGAAAAAGACGUGACAGUGUUCUCUAGUCACUAGCAGGCGUCUUUUUCACAUCGUUCUUUCCUCAGCAUUUCAAUAGUUGCCAUCAUCACUCAUCAGAGCACACAGCCAUCACUCUUUCCUUCUUAGUGACCAUCAUGUCUUCCUAUUGGGAACAAAAGGCCCAAGCGUACAUUCCCCAAGGGCGGAGCAAAGGGAAUUCCUACGGCAAACGAGCCUCUUCCGCGCCGGCAACACCACCACCGCCGCUCGGACCACUCAUCCAAUCCAUCCGUGUUAGCGACCUUAACGAUGCUUCUACUCAAUACCAAGACUCGGCCACCAUCCAAGGCUGUGAGGCUGUUGCUUCCUACAGCUGGCUGGGCACUGAUUUGUCCAAGCCUGAGAUCUUGAUUCCUGGCAAACCCCCCCUCUGGACACCUCCAGCCACAGCCCCUCAGCUCGAACAAGACAGCGGCAAGUUCUACCGCGACCGCAACGCCGCUCGCUAUCCUAACCAUCCCUUUGAGCCGGCCAUUGCCACUUUACUGCGAACCAAGCCUUCGCUCGUCCCCGAUCUUGACAUCGUCGCAUGCGGCAGCACACUCGGCAACUUGCUCCGCUUUGUGCGCGGGCAGGACAAGACCUUCCGGUUUUUGGUCGAGAAGGUCGGCAACACCAUCUUCUUCAUCCGCCGCGAGAACUCACCAAGAGAGGUGAUCCCUGAUGUCAAAGGCUACGGCCACACCUUUCCAGAGAGGUACACCACUUGGGAAGAGGAUGCAAAAGGAUCCUGGGUAAACCAGAGGCUCAUCACCUACCAGUUUGGCGGGUUGCGCUUCCUGGUGAGAUUCGAGGCCGAUGGGUACUUGAGUGAGGAUGACUUACCAAAAGCCAGUCCGGCCCCUGCUGCUGCUGUUGAUGAGGACAAACCCACCACCGCCAGCGUGGAUGAGCUGAUGGCACUUUUCGACAACAUCGAUUUCAGUGACCUCGCGUCUAUAGCGGAACAAUUUAGGGAUAAGCCCGUGAAGUCCGGUUACCGGGCCAAGAAGUCAACCAAGGCAGACACCCACUUGAGUGAUCUCACCGCAUCUUCCUUCUCCCAUCCACCUACCAUCCCUGAAUCUUCAACACCUCUCCCUCCACUCACCAUCCGAACGAGCGGGCCUGACGGCCCUUCCCCAUCUCCCAUUGUCCCCCAAGCACAAGUCUUUGAUCUCAAAACCCGCUCCAUCAAGGCUCGUGAGAACAAGAACACCCUCGAGGAGGAGCUCCCACGCCUUUGGGUCGCACAGAUUCCCAACUUCAUCCUCGCCUACCACACGCGCGGCAAAUUCUUUCCCAACGACAUUGAGAUACGGGACGUCCGUCCUGAUGUCCAGCUGUGGGAGAAGGAGCGCACUAAGGAUAAGACAUUGGCAAAGUUAGCCGCGGUGGUGAGGAAGUUGGUGGACAUCAUGGGGAAAUUGGACGAGCAGUGGAAUGGGGGAAAAGUGAAAGGUGUUGAGGGCAAGGGGGUUGUGCCUCUGGACGGCAAAAGCGAGGAGGACUCUGGUGAAGACGAUGGAGAGGACGAUGAAAAUAUAAGCGACAAACCGGCCACAUGCAUCAAGACGCCAACACCCAUCAGGAUCGAAGUCAUCCACCGCUUCCAAAACCUCGACACCCUCGAAAUCCGUCACCAAGGCUGGAAAGAAACCAAUGGCGACAAAAACAACACAGAAGGCGACGGCCGCGACGGCGUACUUUCCUGCACACUCAGAAAAGAGUGGAUUGCUGCUCAAACGGAUACCUUCACGAAGAAAGAAGAACCAGAAUGAAUGAAAGCGGAUGGUUUAUUCGAUUCUUACCUACGGAAAUCAAGUCCCUAGGCGAAACGCCGAUUCUGAAGACGAAUUUGCUCGCGAGAUGUUUACAACUUACUCCGACGGCGAAGAAGAUGAUCCUUGGGAGUUUGACGACACAGAACAGGACUUUACGGCGUGUUCGGAAAAGUGCGGGUAUUGUGGUCGUUGUUAGUGACCUUUUAUUCAGAUAUUCAAGUAAAUCUCAGAAGAUCUUCACAUCAAUUAACAGUGCGGUCAUUUUCAUUACAUUGUUGUUAUCUUCUCUUUUUGUUAU